AUGGCUUCAACCAAGAUUGACAUUGGCGAGUUUAGCCAUACUCCUGCUAGCUCCAUCCCGGCCAUUGUGGACGGAGUCCGCGCCACCUUCAGGUCGCACAAGACAAAGGAUGUCCAGUACCGAUUGAAGCAAUUGCGAAAACUCUACUGGGGAAUCGUGGAUCUCCAGGCCCAGUUCAUCGAGGCCCUCAACCGCGACCUGGGCAUGUCCGCCUUCGAGGCCGAGCUUACCGAGCUCGACUUCAUCCUCGAGGACCUUCGGUUCUGUCUUAACAACCUUGAGAAAUGGGUCAAGGAGGAGCGCGUCUCCGGCAUGAACCCCGCCUUCUUCAUCUUGAACCACCGUAUCCGAAAGGAGCCCCUUGGCACCUGCUUGGUCAUUGGCGCGUACAACUUCCCCGUACAGUUGUCCCUCGGGCCUUGCGUUGGCGCCAUUGCUGCCGGCAACACUGUAGUUUUGAAGCCCUCAGAGAGCUCACCUGCCACUGCCACCGUUCUGAAGACCUUGUUCGAGAACUACCUCGAUCCCGAUGCGUACACCGUCGUCAACGGUGCCAUCGACGAGACCACGGCCCUCCUUGACCAGAGGAAGGCUGCCGACACCCUCACCCCCGUCACCCUCGAGCUGGGCGGCCAAAACCCUGCCUUCGUCACCAAGAACUCGGAUAUCGCCCUCGCCGCGCGCCGCGUUCUCUAUGGCAAGGUAUUCAAUGCUGGCCAGAUCUGCAUUUCUACCAAUUAUGUCCUCGUCGACCGCAGCGUUCUCGCGGCCUUCAUCGAGGCUCUCAAGGCAACCUAUCAGACCUACUUCCCGAAGGGAGCCAAAGCAAGCCCUGAUUUCGGUAGGGUCGUGAACCAAAGGCAGUUCCAGCGCAUCAAGAAGAUGAUUGAUGAAUCCAAGGGCAAGAUUGUCCUUGGUGGAGAGAUGGAUGAAGCCGAGCUUUACAUCGAGCCUACUGUCGUCUUGGUGGAGUCCAAGGAUGACUCUAUGAUUGUCGACGAGACCUUUGGCCCGGCCUUCUCCCUGCUCGCCGUCGAUGAUCUCGACGAGGCCAUCUCUAUCGCAAAUGAUGUCUAUUCGACGCCCCUAUCCCUCGCUGCUUUCGGAAGCUCCAUGGAGAACAAGCAAAUCCUCAACCAAGUCACGUCCGGCGGUGCCUCCAUCAACGACGCCUUUGUGCACGCCUCGAUGAGCCCCGCUCCCUUUGGUGGUGUCGGCCAGUCUGGCACGGGUGCCUACCGAGGAAAGGCGUCCUUCGACACCUUUAGCCACGCGCGCACCAUUGCUCAGACACCGGGAUGGGCAGACAGCCUCUUCCGAGUGCGAUACAUGCCCUACAACUUCAAGAAGCUCAACCAGAUGCCCCGCCCGCCAAGGAAGAAUCUCGGCUUCGAUCGCGAAGGCAACGUCGUCCGUGGGGUGUCGUACUGGCUUGGGUUCAUUACUCGACUGGGUGCUACUGGCGCCAAAGGUGCGUUGCUAAGGUGGAUCGUGGUACUAGUUUCGGCCGUCGCAUUCGCUCGGAGGGUGAAUUUUGAGACAGUGAGGCUUAUUUUGUGA